UUCCACAAGCACUCUGGACCUAGCACAAAUUCCUUGCUUCUCAAGUAAUCGAUGUCUCUUCUCCAACCAACCAAGCUCUAUUUAAGCAACAUUCACAUCCAGUUGUCUGUCAUCAGCCAUUCUUUCUUUCUUCACGCCCACAGUUCAUCCUCCACAAACAUGAAGAGAGAGGGUCGCCAACAUGGGAUGGUCCGAUCCUACCGGAUCUUGCCGGCCCCUUGGAACCCGAGACCCAAUUCCAGGCUCGUCAACAGGUUUGAUUCGCCCCCAGCAGCCGGGCUGUUCAUGAAAGCACCGUCGAGGCCGACCAAUCACUCCAAGUUCACGGGCAAGUGCACUAGGCCACGGUGUGCCGAUUGCCACUUGCACCCGGCCUGUAAGUCCAAGGACAAGACCAAAGGGAACAACAAAAACAAGUCAUUCGACGUCGUCUCGAGUCCCCGCUUGAUCUCUUGGCGGGUUGUGGAUGGGCGGUCCUGUUUGAACUAUUCCGGGAUCUCUGCCACGGGGUUAGCGAAUCAUUUGGCACAUGCUCAUGAGGAUUACGAUGACGACGAAUGCGAAACUGGAAGUGAUCAUGAACGUGAAACCCAUGUUCAUGACAAUGGCGAUCACUUCAUUAGCCCAGCUGCGGACGGAUCAAAAUAUGAAAAUCCUGAAGUCAUCGACAAUGACGGUGAAGAAGACAAUGAUGAUAAGACAAGUUUUUAUGAAGUUGGGUUUGAAUUGAAUCAAGUCGAAGAUGGUUGGUGUAUGGUUAGAGAAAUAGAUAAUCCGUGAGGUAGUGCCAAUGUCGUUUCUCGGUUAUGAAAGCCAAUAUGUGUAUUAUUCAUAGUUCGUGCAGUCCAUAUAUGGACCCUGCUUUUAUGAUAUGAAGCUGAUUAACCUGUGCCACUCGUAUUAUGUAAAAUCAGCAUCUAUUUUAAAAAA